UUUCGAGAACGAAACUCUAAUUGCGAGCCGUUUGCUGUCGUCGUCGGGUUGUGCUGUUUGAAUUUUAGAUGUCGUUGUGAUUGUUUUCUGUGCGGUAUUAUCGUCGGAAUCAAAUCGCUUGAAUAAUAAUCGAAUUAUACGUUAGUAGCCCAUAGAUCUGAUCGGAAGUGGGACUUUUCUCCCAUCGUUGUUACGUGACAGGUGUUGCAAUGUUUUAAUAAAAAGGCCAUCGCGCUUUAAGCCUUGAUCGAAAGAAACGACGGUCGCCAAAAAAGCCGGUUAGGCAUUGAAUUGGGUUCAAGAAUUUGGCCAUAACCAAGCACAGCGAACAUGGUCGAGAAGGCCUCGAAUGCGUUUACGCUGGAAAAGCUACGCAAUCUGCAAUGGCAAAAAGUAUUUCAUAUGUUUUACAUAGAACCGGUUGUCUUCAUGCUGCUCUUCUCGCACACACUUUCGGGUACUAUCCAGCGCAACCAGGUCAUCUAUCAAACGUGUACGGUGAUUUUCCAUUACAAUGAAUCGGAUUGCAAGCUAUUGGACUCGAAGAAUGCCAGUUCUGAAAUUAAUGCCAUUGAAACGGAAGUCCAGCCCUAUGUGGCUAAUCUCUUUCUGACUAGAACUCUACUGGAGAGCAUCGUUCCGGCUUUUUGUGGACUUUUCAUUGGAUCCUGGUCGGAUCAUUAUGGAAGAAAGCCACUACUCAUUGUCUCCAUGAUAGGAUUUUCACUAUCCUUCCUAAUGAUGGCUGCCAUCUGUGAACUAUCUAGCUAUUAUGUGAUAAAUCCCUGGUGGUACAUCCUGGCGGCAGUGCCACACUCUAUCCUCGGAGGAAACUGCGUCUUUUCGGUGGCCGCCUUUUGCUUCAUUUCGGACAUUACGGAUUGUAAAUCUCGGCCAUACCGUAUGAUCUUUAUGGAGUCAUUAUUUUUUAUCGGCCUGACCAGCGGAUCCCUGCUGUCCAGUUUCGUUUAUGCCGCGGCUGGCUCGGCUGCCACUAUAGGAUUAUCCGGAUGUAUCGUGACCUUUGCUACAAUCUUUAUCAUAUUCUUUGUUCCGGAGAGCCUGCACUUCCGACAGUCUCAGGAAGCGAAAGCUGCGGUCAUCGCCAAUGGCGAAAAGGAUGGCAAGGAGAAGGAUGUGCCCAUGACCGCCUGCGAUCUGCAACUGGAUCGCGUGGCCAUCGAUUGUCCACCCAACUUCAUGGGCGACGAACAUCCGGAGAAGCCCAAUCCGUUGGAGAAGAACCGCGCUGUAACCUGUGAGCUGGCCACUCCGGCCACGCCGGCUAUGAGCUUCGACGAGGAUCUGCUGGCCAAGUAUGUGGAACGCCUGCCCCCGAAAGCGGAGGAGAAGCAGCGGAAGCAGACAGAGGAGCGGGUCCAGAAGGCCGGACUGUUCAGUACGGUUCACAUCAAGGACAUGAUCAGCACCUGCUUCAAGCCUAGAGAGCAUAAUGCCCGGGCCAUCAUCUGGCUCGUCACCCUGGCCAUGUUCCUGUCCAUUUUUGUUUUUGAUGGCGUGAUGACGGUCAUGUAUUUGUUUGUUCGCGAAAAAUUCCAUUGGACUGUGCGGGAUUACACGUUCUUUGAGACGGUCAGCCAUUUGGUGCCCAUGAUUGGAGCACUAAUAGGGUUCCUUAUCCUCCGCAAGGUGUUCCGACUGUCGGUAGUAACCUUAGCUCUGUUGGCCUUCUUCUCGGAAAUCCUUAAAAAUCUAGUUAAGGGUUUCGCCACAAUGCCCUGGCAUAUGUACCUUUCUGUGGCUCUGGGAGUCUUUCGAUCCAUUUCCGGACCCAUGUGUCGCACAAUAGUUUCGAAUAUAGUACCGCCAUCGGAUCUGGGUAAAAUUUUUUCCAUCAAAAAUGUUUUGCAGUCGUUCGCACCUUUCGUCGCCGCCCCCCUGUACACCCUGAUAUAUAAACGGUCCCUAACCACCUACCCGGGUCUGUUCAACUUCGUCAGUUCGUUCCUGUACUUGAUGUCGUUCGUGUUUAUCGGGUGUGUCUUGCGCAUCAAGUACCGGCACAAGCAGCACUACGCCAAGGUUCUCAAGUGAGACGGAUCCGAAAAAGUGGCCAAAUUAACAUGUGAUCGCCUGGAGCCAAGCUCAAAUCGCUUACGAGCGGAGCGAAUUUAUUGAAAACGCGUCUUCUGGACUGCAACGGAUCACCAGUCAUUGGUUAUGAGUCAAUGGUCUUUGACUUGUCUAUUUAUAUGUAUUUUAAAACUUAGAGUUUGUUAUCUACUUUAAGGUAUCGUUAAGUUUUACUAUUAAAAUAGUUGUAC